UCUGCUUUGGUCAAACGUACACUACAUUUACCAUCUCAGCUGAACUGCAGACCCACGUGAAGAAGCAGUGGGGACCGAAAAGGAAAGCGUUGAAGUCGUGUCGAUCUGAAGUGUUUAGUGUUGGAUUAUUGACACUAACACCAUGUCUUCCUUUAGAAAAGCCUCAAAAUCUCGCCAGCGGGACCACAAAGAGCGAUCUCAGCUUGGUUUUAGGAAACAUUUGGGACUCUUGGAGAAGAAGAAGGACUACAAACUUCGUGCAGAUGACUACCAUAAGAAACAAAACACUCUCAAUGCCUUGCGCAAGAAGGCCUUGGACAAGAACCCUGAUGAGUUCUACUUCAAAAUGAUAAACUCACAGUUGAAGGAUGGGGUACACGAGCAGAAAAAGAGCACAGAAGAAGAGAUGACGGACGAGCAGAAGAAGGUGAUGAGGACGCAGGACAUGAAGUACGUGGAGAUGAAGAGGGUGUCAGAGGCCAAGAAAAUCGAAAGGUUGAAGUCAGGCCUUCAUCUCUUGGAUGUGGAGGGGAAGCAGAUGAAUGAGCAUGUGUUUUUUGUUGACUCCAAGAAAGAAGUCGAGGCUUUUGACCUGGCUACACACCUGAACACAGUACCAGAGUUGGUGAAGCGAACUUUUAACAGACCUACGGUGGAAACCCUGGAGAAGAAGAGCAUUGUUGGAUCAGUGGAGCCGUGGAACGUACAGAAAAUAGCCAGGCAGAGGAAGAAUCAGUACGAGAUUCUGUCUCAGCGCAUUGAGAGAGAGAAGAAGAUGUUCGUCAUAAGCCAGAAAAUCCAAGCACGCAGAGAGCUCCAAGACAAGACUAGGAAGGUGAAGGUGAAGGCAGAGACGGUCAACUCGGCGGCUAUCUACAGAUUUGAUGCCAAGAGGAAGCGUUGAUGAACUCUGAACUCUGACCUAUGAUGCAGGAGCCCACACUUGGAUCAGGGCCCGUAAAGGGUCUCAAGCAUUCGCUAAUACUGGUCAAGGACUUUGUGGGCCGUGGUGGAGGAACUGGAUAGUGUUUCUCUGCUAAUGUAAUGUGUGGAUGCAGGAGCUUUUUUUUUUUUUUUUACUAUUUCUGAAUUUGUAUAUUUAUAGCACUGUUUUCAAGAUCUCAACUAAUUGUGUGUCGAAAUUAUAUAUAUAAAAAGGUUUGUUUUGAAGAAAAGUGGUAAUUUGUUCUCGCCAACAUUGUUUUUAUAUGAGACUGCAAGGUCAAAUCUGAUCUGAGUUAUCAGCAACCUUGUACCACUAGAUGGCAGUAGCAGAUUUCAUAAUCACCCACAUGUACACGGAAUGCUUCAAACCACUUCAAGUCUGGAGAAACUCUGAACACACUUUUCAACCCAAAUGCAGUUAAAACCAAGUCAGCACAAUUCCCCUCACAAAAUGUACGACACAACAUUGACUUUAACCUUCAUUUCACUGUUUAAAGAGGUUGUUC